AUGAUCAGUAAUGAUCAUUCAUUCGCCAGAUGGUCAGUAGUGAACAUCCUGUCAGCAACCAGAAGAAUCAGAAGUCCAGAAAUUGAAGAGGAGGAGUCCUCGAUAACCCCAGAACCCGAGGAGGAGUCCACGAGGAGCCAGGAAUCGGAGGAUGAGGAGCCCAGACACGGAGGAAGAGCCCACGAGGAGCCAGCCAAGAGCCCAAUGAGGAGCCCGGACUCAGAGGAGGAGCCCACGAGGACCCGAGAACCCGAGUACCGAGGAUCGUCGCAGCCCUACCUGUUCGAUAUAAAACAACUGCAUCUACUCUCUAACGAUAUUCAUACUCUGAGAUUUGACGACACUGAUUUGGGACGGAAUAGCAUAGCUGCUCGUUACUCUCUUUGCUAUGCAACAUUUGCAUAUAAGACUCAUAGUACUGUCUGCUUCUACAACAUGAAAAUAAUGCUCUUGUUUGAAUGUCGAAAACGAACAGGACGUUCCAAACAUGUCUGCAAGGCGGUGGUGAACAAUGGAUUUGCUCGAUUGUGUUCACUUUUUGAGGGGGAGGAAAAUGUCGGCAACCCACUUUGUGUUGGAAUCGAGCCUCGUCACGUGUGGAUUCUCGAUCCAUUAGCCGCCUGGUUCUGGGGAAUAAUUGGAAUAUUUAUUGGAUUUGUACUCGGAUUGAUUGGAUUGGUUCUCCUCUAUAAGCUGUGUUUGAAGAAGAAAGGAUUCAAGAUUCCAUUUAUGAAGAAGACUGGAGAUGAGAAGAAAGACACGAAGAAGGAUAAGAUAAUGGGGAAGGCGUUGAAUUUGUCGAAGGAUUCGAAGGCGUCUCAAGAUUCGAAAGAUACGAAGAAUAGUAAGGAUUCGAAGGAUUCGAAGGACACGAAGACUUCUAAAGACACGAAGAAUUCGAAAGAUUCAAAAGAUACGAAGACGUCGAAAACUUUCAAAAAGAUAAAGGAUAGUAAGGAAUCGAAGACGGCUUCUUCUGACUCAAAAGAUACAAAAAGUAAAAAGAAUUUUGGUCCAUCGAAAUCCAUCAAGGGGUCCAAAGAUAAAGGAUCGAAAGACAAGGCUUUGAAAGAAAAAACAAUGAAAAGUAUGAAGAAAUCGAAGAAAUUGGAAAAAUCGAAGAAAGGAGGAAAACCAUCAAAACUAAAACCAUCUCAAGAGCAGUCAACACCGGUUAAAUCUUCUCCGAAUACGCCGAAAAACUCGAAAGAGCCGACGAAAGGGAAACCAUCUGCAGAAGUUUCGAAGUUCAAGUCAUCUCCAACCAACACUCCUAAAGGAUCGAAAGAAGUUGUGACUCCGACGAAAAACAAUAAUAAAAAGAAGCCUUCUGCUGAAAUCACUCCGAUGAAAUCAUCUCCUGGUUCAUCGCCUGUUUCACCAGCUGGAUCGAAAGAAGCAGCCAAGAAAAAGAAGUAG